UCAGCCAGCGCAUUAGUUACCCCCAGCAGACUACGGAGUACUCUACUACUGCACUCACUCCCCCUGCCAACAUGUGUUUGCCUCAAUUCGACGUAAGCGCCGCGCCCAUUCUUCUCGGGUACUGUGAAUCAUCCUACCCUACCAUGUCUGAGGCGCAAGCCAGGCGGAGGCAGCCGGCAGCUGCAAGCUUCCAGUGCGGGCGUCUAGACUAUGAUUGCUCACGGCCCGCCUGGCCCGAUACGAUCCAUUCCCCUCAUGGUUUGCGAGGGCUGCUUGGCUCAAGCGGGGAACUCUUGGCUCUAGGCCAGCCGGGGCCAGGGCUAUCACGUGGUCACCAUACUCAAGGAAAAUCCAUGGAUGUGGUUGGGCUGAGAAAAACACUGUGA